AUGUCUACUUCGGAUUCCAUCGCCAUCGCGUGCGCGAAAUCUCUCGAGGACUUUGAACGUGACUACAUGCCCCCUCGAUCUUCAUAUGCGCUCUAUAGUACGUCACCUAAAUCUGAAGAUGAAGCGGUGAAAUCUUAUAAACUAGGUUUGUAUAAACCUAGUACGCUACGUCGGGAAGAUUUAACGGCUUGUUUGGAGUUGGUUGAGAUGACAUCGGGGAAGCAUUAUCGGGAGAGUAAAGGGGGGUGGAAUGGGAGGAGGAAGAGGAGGGAAAUGGAGUUGUGGGAUUUGAGGUAUUUGGUUGUGAGGGAGGUGGAUCUCGGGAUUUGUGAGGGAGAGGGAGAGGGAGAGUGGCAGGACGAUGAGGAUGAGAAUGGGGGUGAGAAUGGAGAGGGAGAGGAAAAUCUUGGAGAUUCAGAGGAAGUGAAAGAGGAGAUAAUAGUGGAAGAACGUGGAGAGGGAGGAGAAGGAGAGGGAGGAAUCAAGGGAUUUAUGAGUUUCAUGCCUACGUUUGAGGAUGGCAUCAAAGUGGUUUAUCUUUAUGAGAUACAUCUAAUGGAUGAAUUACGCGGCACAGGCCUAGGCACCCAUCUCAUGUCCCUCCUUACUAACAUUGCGCGCGCCAUUCCUGGCGUCGAAAAAACAAUGUUAACAUGUUACACGGCUAAUGAAGUGGCGUUGAAGUUUUAUAGGAAGCUUGGCUAUGAGAAGGAUGAGUAUAGUCCGGAGCCGAAGAGGUUGAAAGGGGGGAAGGUGCUGGAGAGUGAUUAUGUUAUUUUGAGUAAGAGAGUUGAGAGGACGGGGGGUGAGGUAGAAGGUAAAGAGGAGGAGGAAGAGGUUGGAAAGGGUAAGAGGAAGAGGGGAGUUUGA